AGCCUCUUUGGCUCAAACGCCCAACCCCCCUCUGCCAUGGACAUGUCGAUCGGCGCUAUUUUUCUGAUACAAUGGACGUGGCGUUCCCGCCCAUCCAGAUGUACCCGCAGAAGAACUCCCCUACGGACAAGGGUAGGUUCAGCUGCAUAUCCGAGCCCCUGGACAGGCUCGGCAUCCGCUUCGAGCAGCUGUGGGCCGCGUGCGAGGAGCUCCUGAAGAACCCGUGCCCCGAGCACGACCGCUGGCUCAUCAAUUCCCACACGGUCGAGUCGGAGGUUGGAACGCUUGGGGAAGUCGUGUUCGUGAUCCGUGUGACUAUGGACGGCGCACUGCUGAAGGCGAUCGGGAGGAACCCAGACGCCGACGGCCGCGACCAGCUGGUGUACCACCAGAGGGUCAGCUUCGACAAGGAGGGCCGGGGGCACGACUCCAAGUGCCCAGCGAUCACCAUGUGGGACAUGGGGGACAUCUGGAGCAUCCCCGAGCUGGCCCAGAAGCAGGGCCCGUGGAGCUCGGAGGACCUGCUGGACAGCGUCUGGGCCUGGCGCCAAGACGGGCGGCAGGCAACGGCCUACGUCACGUUCCACUCCGACGGGCGCGUGGGAUGGAACAAGAUCGACGAUAAGCAGGGCAAGUGGGAGCUCGAGGAUGGCACGACUCUCUACGUUACCGUGCAGUCUGAGGACCACGUCUUCGAGGUUGCGGGCGACGGGAAGAGGAUGACCAUCCUGGAGCCGAUGGGCAGGAAGACGCUGCUGACCCGGAUGGAGGGCAUGUACUACAAGAGCAAGAAGAGCUUCCGAUUCUUGGACAAGCCCCUGCGCAUAGAGAGCUGGCAGGAGGAGCGCACGGGCGUGCGGAGCGCCGGCGCCGACGUGGCCGCGGCGUGCCAGGUCGGCCUCGCCAGGCCCGCCAUCAACGCGGUCAUGGGCUCCUGGGGCUGGGAGGAGUUCGUCAAGCCCGGCUGCGCGGCGCGAGCCGCCAUGGAGGCGCUGGCGUUUGCCGGCGGCAGGUGGCGCUGGCUGCGCGACGAGGGCUGCCUCGCUCUGCUGCAGGCGGGCCUCGGCGGCUGCGACGCGAGCUCCUCGAGGUCGGGGCUGGCGCGGCACCUCGGCCUGCGCCGGCUGGCGGGCGUGCUGAGCUCCGAGCUGGUGGCCAUGUGGAGCAAGAGCUCCCAGUGGUACUUCAGGAUCAGGGCCGACAAGGCGCUGUGCAUGACCGCCACGACGAGCUUCUGGUGCGACCUCGUGGUCGGCGGCCCUGGGACCGUGCCCGGGCAGGGCGCGCGGGGCCUUAGCCCGCUCGGCACGUACUACCAGGAGGUCUGGCCGUGGAUGCUGCACGAGGGCGGCGUGCUGCCGAACGCCAGGUUCCUGGCGCUGGAUGGCCGCAUCUGCAGGGGAUCCGUGAAGUUUUCGUGGCGGGGUGGCGUGCUGGUCACCGAGAUGAGAGCCGACACCCCCACGGGUGAGCAGAUUCGCCAGAGGACGGAGAUGCAGCUCGCCAGCGCCGAGCUGCACAUGACCCUCGAAAAUGAGGUCACGGGCCAGAAGCUCACGAGGGUCUUCGGCAGGUACCCGGGCUACGUCAUAGACAACGAUACGGGGGAACCCGUGGAGCUCAUGACAUACGGGCCCAGCGAUUUCGUGUACCUGUGGCCCUCCAUGAGCAGGGAGUUGUCCACCGGGAGGAACUGGGUGUGGGCCUCUGGCGAGGACGUCGAGGAGGAGCAGGCCGUGUUCAGACUGGCGAACAGCCGGACGGUGCACGAGGGCGUGUCGCUGAGGGCGCGCCGCGACACUGCGCCCGACGGGAGGGGGCCGCCAUACCUCCGGCUGACGCGCGACCUCUUCGUCUGAAGCAGCGGCUGCCUGCGGGCAAGUCGCCGAGCUCGGCCGCGCCAGAGGGACCCUCCGCCCUCGGGCGGGCCCGGACCUCCCGCUCCC